GAUUCCAACGCGCACACGGAAAGCGUGUCAUCUCUCCAUCCCUGUUUCGCCGCAGAUUGGCCACCGCCAGUUAUAUUCGCCGGAGCUCCGAUCGUUCCCGAUCCGGCAUCAUGUCUCUCUCCGAUGAUGAAGACGAGUUCUUCGCUAGGUUCCUCGAAGCCGAAGUCUCUUCGGAAGAGGACAAAGAGGAUAAACAAGAACCUGAAGCAAAGAGGCCACGUAUGGACAAGGGUGAAGUAAAUGGGAAGGAGGAAACUAAUGAAAAGAAAGAAAUUUGUAGAGUUGAAAUCGAAGAGGAACAGGAUAAGAAGGGUCGAGAUGAUAUAGCCGAUGAUAAUAACGAUAACAAGGGUCUUAAGAGAAUAGAGACUGGGGGAUUCAGCAAGAUUCCUCCAGAGAUUUUUCCGCAUAUCCUCAAGUUCUUAUCGUCCGAGGAUCUGGUAUCGUGUUCAUUUGUGUGUAAAUUCCUCAAUUAUGCUGCAUCUGAUGAAUCCCUGUGGCGUCGCCUGUACUGUAUGCGAUGGAGUGUAUGUCCCCCGACUAGAAAGUUGCGUGAAUGUGCUUGGAAGAAGCUUUAUAUUCAGCGUGACGAGGAGGACAUGAUUGAACUUGUCAGAAACUGCCCCUCUGAGUUUAAAGAGUAUUACAUCCAAAUGCAAGCGGCAAAGAGAAGCCAAGCACCUCUCCCUUCCCAGGUGGUGGAUGACCGGAUUAUUCUUGACAAAACUGUACUUGAACAAGUUUCAAUGUGGAAGAAAAGCAAGGGGCUAAGUGAUAAGGCUGUUGCUGGUCAUGUCUGUUCCGGGACAAAAUGUUCCUACCAUCAGAUUGAUGACGUGUUCAUAUGUGAGGAGACGGGAAAUGUUCAUGUGUGCGAUGACAAUUGCAAGGAAGUAAUUUUGGACCCAGAGAGUGAACUAUUGGUCUGUACUAUCUCAGGCCAUUGCUUUGAUAGGCUGCUUUUACCAUCUGAUGCAGAAGCUGAUGCUGACCAACAACAAAGCGGAGUGACAGAUGAAGCUGAACCAUUCAUGGGAUCGGGACGUUUUGCACGAGCCUACCUGUUGGGAUACAAUUGCGUGGACGAGCGGGAACUGGAGCGUACCUUGAGGUUCUGCUGAUCAUAAGUCUCGGCUCUCCGCUCUCAUUCGGUGAGGUCUAAUCUUCAUAUCCAUCUUUCUUCCGAGUACUAUGGAGUGACUUCAUACAUCUUAUGAAUCAAGUAGUUGUUUUUUUUUUAGUAUUUUGGAGUUUUUUUUUAAGUGCAUGUAUGUAUUUCUACAUUUGUGUAACUUUUUCCUUAGAAAUUUUACAACUGCUUGUGCGUUUCCUUCGGCCUUGUUGCAUGUUGUUGUGUCGGAAUUUUCAUGAAACUUGUCCAAACCCCAUCCCAUUUGGUGA